AUGAAGGCGCUGCCCUUCCUGCGCUUCCACAGCAUUGGCGUCGCCAGUUCUGCGGAUAUCAACGAGUACAAGAAGUGGUACCCCAAGAAGAAGUUCAUGCGGCUGGGCGAGAUCAUGAGGCGGCUGGGGCACUCGUACAUCGACGUGCUCAAGGUGGACUGCGAGGGCUGCGAGGAGCACUUCAUACAGGAGCUGGUGAACGCCAACCACCACAAGAUGGGCGCCCUCACCCUCCAUGGCGGCCGCCUGCCGUUCGGACAGCUGCUGUGUGAAUUCCACAGGACGGACAUGCCGAACCGCACGCUGCCCUUGGUGUACGGGAUGGAGAGCCUGGGGUACCGCAUGUUCCACGUGGAGCCCAACGCGCAGUGCCUGCACUGCCAGGAGAUCGCCUUCAUCCACGAGACCCUCGUCAAGCCCACCGCCGACUGCCGCCCCUUCCUGCAGCAGGGCAGCAACGGGCUGGCGCAGUUGCUUGGUGUAGGAGGCAAGGCGCAAGCUGCGGGUGACAAAGGCGAAGAAGCUGCCGCUGGUAACGGCUCACUUGAUUCGCCGUAA